CAAAGAACCAGAAGAAAAUAAUUGCAGAUUCGAACAGCCAGAGAAACAAAGAGAGAGCGAGAGAGAGAGAGAGGCCGAAGACGAAGAAGAAUGCAGCGCCGGAAGUAGAAAAGACACGAAGUUCACCGGCGGCGAAUCCCCUCUCUCGCUACGAUCUCCGUCGCAAUUUUCUCAGCUUCUUUUCCUCCUUUUUCCUUUCUCUCCCUUCGAAUAAUCAAUCCCCAAACCUAAUCCCUUUCCCUGUCCGUCCACUUUAAUUAUGAAUAGUUAAUUGGUCUGCCUCUCUGUAAAUUUUCUUUCUUGAUCCUUACAGCAUCUGCGUUGUCAACCGCCAUUUUAGAUCUAAGCUUGGAACUGAUCCAAUCUUCGCCCCUAAAUCGGGCUCCUGGUAGAUCCGAACAACUUGCUCGAAUUCUUUUCUGGUGCGGGGAUCCAUGGACGAUUUUCCCGGCCUCUUAGCGCGGGACUUCGGAUUCAAGCCGCAGGGGAAAUCCGCUCCCAUGGCGCCACCCGCGCGCAAUUCCAGCAACAGCAACCCAAUCUUCGACGAUCACGAUCGCGUCGGUGGUGGAGCUGACGGUCUAAUGUUCAACGACGUAUUCGGCGGGCCGCCGAAGUACGGGGAAUCGCGUGGCGGCGGGAGCGGGAAUGCCGCAUCAUCUCCGUCUGCCUCUACUUCUUACUACGACGCAGUCUACAAGGACCAGAAUGCCAAGUCGUCUUCGCUUCCGGUUUUCGAUAAGCCGGUGUUCGACGACGAGGACGACAUUUUCGUUGGGUUGCCUGGGCUGAAGAGUACGUCGGCGGCUCCUUCCACGGCUAACUUGCACGACGUGUUUCCUUCUGUUGGUGUUGGUUCUUCUCCCAAGCAUAAGUCAAUGAACAGCUCGCCGCUUGAUGACCUGCUGGGGAAUCUGGGGAAGAAAGGGGCGGAGUCCAGGAGAGAGGCUCCUUCCAAGAUGGAGAAAGACUCUCCUGUAUUUGAUGAUCUGCUUCCUGGCUUUGGUCGCAGUAGCUCCCCCAGCAUAAGCAGGUCAACUUCCGAGUCCACUCGGUCCACCAGACCAUCUACCAAUUCAGCCAAGACAGCUCCUGCUACAAUUGAUGAUCCAUUUGUAGUGUUAGAGUCAACGUCAACUCCUGCAGGAGCAUCCUCUGGAGAGUUUGCCGAUCCAUUGGAAGAAAUCGGUAGAUUCAAUAGCUCAGGAAGCACAAAAAUAAAUAGUUCACGUGUAAAUAAGGGAUCAUUUGAUGACUUAGAUUCUCUUGAAAAUCUUGGAAAAUCUGUUCCAUCAGUUUCAAGCGAGGUUGAUGAGAGACGGAAGAACAGGAGUCCAUUAAGAUCGGAAGCCAGUAUGGGUGGCAGUUUUUCUCCUGUUAUUCAGGAUCCAGUUGACAAAUAUCCUGUGGAGAAUACUGGGAGAUACUCACAGAACAAGGCUCCCAUUGAUGAUUUUUUGGAAACUCCUUUUGGCCCGACAGAGUCUAGCAAAAGAGCCAGUGCUCCUCCACCUUCAUAUGCCAGCGUCUCAACUAAUGAGACCUUUCCAUCUCUAGUACCUGAGGAGGUCACAGAAUCAGCUGAUGAAAUAUGGCUCACCGUUUCAGAAAUUCCUCUGUUUACUAAUCCCACUAGUGCUCCCCCGCCUUCUAGGCCUCCACCUCCAAGACCACCAAGAUCGAAUGCGAGAAAGAAGUUUAAUGAAUACUCUUUCACUAGAUCACAAAGUCCUAAGACGGCGCAAGCAUCGAGAAGCUCCGCGUCUCCAAUUGAUGAACUUGAGGAUUUUGCCAUGGGCAGGGCCCAGAACAAUAAUGUAAAUGAUCAUGCAGACACUUUUGCUGGUGAUGAUGUGGACACAAAUUCUUCUUCUGCUGCUGCAUCUGCAGCUGCUAUGAAGGAUGCUAUGGAUAAAGCAGAAGCGAAAUUCAGACAAAUGAGAGAGAGGGAGUAUCUGAAGGCUGCUAGAAGUAAGGAUUCCAGUCAGCAGGACAAAGAUAUGCUAGAAGCACAGCAAAGAGAACUCAGAGAAAGGCAAGAGAGAUUAGACCGUGAAAGGCAGCAGAGAGAGCAGGAUGAGGAGGAUAGAGAACAGAGGAGACUUCGUGAAUUAGAGAGGGAAGAGAAGGAGAGAGAGCAGAAGAGGCAAGAAAGAGAAAGGGAAAGGGAACGGCUCGAAAGGGAAAGAAACAGACAAGCAGUAGAAAGGGCCACUAGAGAGGCACGUGAAAGAGCAGCCAUUGAUGCUCGUGUUAGAGCUGAAAGGGCUGCUGUAGGCAAAGCCUCUUCCGAAGCUCGAGAAAGAGCAGAAAGAGCUGCAGUUCAGAGGGCACAAGCCGAAGCUCGUGAAAGGGCAGCAGCAGAUGCUAAGGAAAGAGCAGAAAGAGCAGCAGCAGAAGCACGAGAGAGGGCAAAUGUUGAAAAGGAAAGGGAGGCCCGAGCUAGAUCUGAACGUGCUGCAGUGGAAAGGGCAGCUCAAGAAGCUAGAGAAAGAGCCGCUGCUGCUGCGGCAAGGGCAAACCAACAAAAAUAUGAUGCCCAACCCAAAAAUGAAAAUGAUCUUGAAUCAUUCUUCAGUUCUCGACCGAGCAGCGCUCCACGACCUCGGGCAACCACUUCCGAUCCAUUCUUCGAUACCGCUAACAAGGGACCUCCUGAACCACCUAAGAGGACUUCUGUUGGUUCUUCAUCUAACAUGAGAAAAGCAUCUUCAACUGCAAACAUCGUUGAUGAUCUGUCCUCUAUUUUUGGAGCUUCUGGAGGUCGACAAUCUGGAGAUUUCCAAGAGGUUGAAGGGGAAACUGAAGAAAGACGAAGAGCCAGGCUGGAACGCCACCAAAGAACUCAGGAGCGCGCAAAACAAGCAUUGGCUGAGAAGAAUCAGCGUGACCUUCAAGCUCAGAGGGAACAAGAAGAGAGACAUAAAAUUGGCGAAACUCUGGAUUUCGAGAUCAAGAGAUGGGCUGCUGGGAAAGAAGGGAAUCUGCGUGCUCUACUAUCAACACUGCAAUAUGUAUUGUGGCCUGAAUGUGGUUGGCAGCCCGUUUCCUUGACCGACCUGAUUACUGCUGCGGCGGUUAAAAAAGUAUACAGGAAAGCAACUUUAUGCAUUCACCCUGAUAAAGUGCAACAGAAAGGUGCCAAUCUUCAACAAAAGUACGUCGCCGAGAAGGUCUUCGACUUGCUAAAGGAAGCAUGGAACAAGUUCAAUUCGGAGGAGCUAUUUUAAAAUCUUCUUGCUACUCGACGCAACUUCAUAUUGGGGAAUCACACUAGUCAGUUGGAGAGGAGUGACUCUGCACAGCCCCUUUCCAGCUCGAUGUACUGUGGAGUAUCCCCCGCCGCAAGGAAGGGCCUCAUGGAAGUGAAGGACAGGUUCCACUUGCAUUAUAAAUGGUACUGUUCCUUUCUCGAGUUUUGAUUGUAUACUAGUCCCCUGUCAGUGUCAUGCAAAGCUUGGUUCGUCCAUAUGUAAAAGCUGGGAGUCCCUGUACUCUGUUUAGAGACAAAUCUGCAGCAGCGGUUACCGAAGCCAAUGUGCACAUUAUAUGAAGGCCAAUUUUUUGUGUUUAUUCUUUCUCUCCAUAGUCGAUAUUAUUUUUGAAGGGGGUGCUGUUUUCUUAUUUUCUUCUCUUUUGGUGGGUUGGAUAUGUUGAGUCGAUCCCAAUAUGGUGUUGUUAUUGUAUUGGUAUAUGUCGUAAAUGACACGACCUUGAUCUUGGUGGCUAUGUCGGCUGAUAACACUCGAGUCUUGAGCUGUUUUGAUUUGCAACUGAUUUCUUCAUAUCUUGGAUAUCUCUGAUUGGGAUCCUACAGUACUUUUCCCUUGAUAGAAAUUUUGCUUUGGGUUCAUGUAGAGAACACUAUUUCAGCUCUUUCAUCUCAUGGAUAU